AUGAACACUUUACUGAGGAUGUUUCUUGUGCUCGUUUUACUUUCCCACGUGUCAGCAGACAAAGGUUGCCCAAAAUGUGGUAGCAUUGAAGUUCCAUACCCUCUAAGCACCGAUGACAACUGUGGAGACUCUAUGUACAGAGUCUACUGCAACAAUGGCGUUCUUGAGUUCUUGUCGGGAGGAGGGUUUUACUACAAGGUUCUAAGCAUUAACCCAACUGCUUAUAAGCUUGUCAUAAGCCCCCCGCCAAUACAGAAAUACACGUGUUAUUCUUCUGAUUACACUACUUCGGAGGGAUUAAGGCUGGACGACAACUUGCCCUUCAACAUAUCUACUCAUAACACUGUCAUGCUGCUGAACUGCUCGAAUAACCUUCUCAGGUCGCCUCUGAACUGUUCUUUGAGCAGCUUUUGCCGGCUGUUUGAGGACAAGGUGGAGGAGGCGAGUGGGUGUAGGAAUACUCUAUGCUGCCAUUACUUGAAGGACUCUGCCAUGUUUUCGCAUAUGAUUAGGGUCAGGGCCGGAGGGUGCAGUGCUUAUACCUCUGUGGUGGAUCUGAAGCCUGGAGCAUCUUUGGAUUCUUGGAACUAUGGCAUUGAACUUCAAUGGGUGCCCCCCAAUCGAAAAUGA